AUGUCUCUUAGCAUUAAGAAGGAGAGGAAAGAAAUUAGUUUAGAAGAACUUCAAAAAAAAAGAAACGAAAUAACUGAUCAGAUAAUUCUUCUUGAAAAUGAAAUUAAUUCUAGAGAAAAAGAUAAAAAAAAGUUACUUGAGUUAAGACUUAAAGUAGAUACUGAAAUUUACAAAAGACGUUUUAGUCAAAGAAUAAUUAAUGAAGAUGAGUUAGAGAGAAAAGUUAAUUCUUUAAGAGGGUUUAAAGAAAUAGAUAAAUAUAAUUCUGAAUUAAAUGAACAAAUAAAUGAAUUAAAAGAACAGUACUUAAACAGUAAUUACCUUCUUGAGAAGUUUAGAAAAGACAAAGACAUUUCUGAAACUUUAUUGAAAAAAAAAAUAGAGGUAUGUGAUUUCUUUAUAAGAAGAUUUGAUGAGCAGUCACAAAUUGUUUCUUGUCAAGAAGUUCAUUUAAAACAAUUAAAUUUUGUUAAACUACAAUUAAUAAAACGUAUGAAUUUACCAAAAACAAAAAUAACACAACCACUUAUCAUUUCAAAGAUACUUAAAUAUAUGGGAAUUGCUGAUGAAUUAAAAAAGAUUAUAUUAAUAUCCAAAAAAUUUCAACAAGCUGUUUUAGCACGUACUGUAAACUUUUAUUUUUCAAGUGAAAAGAGAGAGUUUAUGAGAGAAUUAUUAUUAUUUCCAACAAUACGUGAAUUAACAUGUGACAAUUAUUUUCUUGAUACUUUUUUCUCAGGAGAUAAAAGAAAAGAAGUUUUAGAACGAAUUCAAAAUGUCGAAACUUUACAUCUUCGUGUUAAUGUUCAAUUUAAUUUUAAUUUUCGUAAGAUAUUACCAAAAGCUGAAGUUGUUGAUUUAGCUAUUUCAAUGCAACAUUAUUCUGUUGGAUGUGUUUCAGGGAAUACAAAACUUAAAAUACUCAGACUAGACCUUGAACAUACUUCAUAUGAUGAUCAUCUUUUAAGUGCAAUUAAAGAAUUAGAGUCAUUAGAAUUUUUAGAAAAAGUAAUUAUUAAAGCACAACUAAGUGAUAUUACUUCAAAAUUAAAAGGAUUAAAAAUGAAAUCUAAUCCUGAAUUUGUAUUAAAAGCAACGUCUGUAAAUGAACGUACAAUACAAGAACUAAGAACAAUUGAAACUGAAAAAAUUACUGUAUGUGUUUGUGAUGAAAUUGUUGACACUUCAGUACUACCAUAUAUUACUAGAGAUAAAAUAGUUGAAGGUAAAAGUCAAUUAAGAUUUGUAUUAAUGCCAACAGGAUUAUUUCAAUUUGCUGCUAAUGAAACGUUGUUAAAUAAAACUAUUAUUGAAAAAAUGCUUCCAAAAAGUGUAGUAGUAUCUCCAAGAAAAACAGAAGAAGGGAGAAUUAGUUAUGUAAGGGGGUUUGUUGAUUAUGAUUGGGAUAGUUUAAUAUCAAUAUCAUUUAACAGAAUUAAUUUUAGUGGAGUAUUUCCAUGUUUAGGAGAUAAUUUAGAAUUAGUUAAUUUUGUUGAAUGUGUAUUGCAAGAAAGUCUUUCUUUUCCAAAAAAAUUAAAUGCAUUAACUUUACAAAGAUGUACUGGAGUUAAACUUAUUCAUCUUCCAAAUUCUGUUAAAAUAGUUUCAUUAAAACAAAUAUCUUCAUUAGAAUGUGUUUGUUUUGAUACAGAAGAUAUGAAUAUUCCUUUAUUAAAGAAUUUAGUAUUUGAAGGAUGUCCUCUUUUAGGAAAAACUACUUUACCAUAUUCUUUGACAACAUUGAAUGUUAUAGAUUGUAAAAAUUUUAAAAUUGUUAAUUGCUCUAAGAUUGAAUUAUUUAAUACUUCAAUAUGGGAAUAUCUUUUGAGGUAUGGAAUUGUUGAUUAA